CGGCUUUGGAGCAGCUAGCUAGCCCGCACAGCUGCAUAUUUCCGGCCCGCACGCCAUCGCCGAAGAGUUCAACCCAUGGCCGCAGCCGUGAUGCAAGUGGACGACCGCUCAAGCACGCCGACGCCAAGUAUAGCAAGGUGCAUCGCGACGCUCGAGGGCCACGAGGAGCGCGUCUGGCACUGCGCCUGGUCGCGCGACGGUAGACAAUUAGCGAGCUGCGGGAGUGAUCGAACAGUCAGGUUGUGGCGGCGCACCGGCGAUGCGUUCGUCACCAGCGCGACGCUCGACGACGCUCAUGAUAGAACGGUGCGGCGCGUCGCCUGGGCGCCCUGCGGCACGUUGUUAGCAGCCACAUCCUUCGACGCGACGUGCUGCGUCUGGCGGCGGUCGCGCCAGGACGACGCGUGGGAGAUCCUGGCCACGCUCGAGGGCCACGAGAACGAAGUCAAAGGUCCGUGACUCAGCGUCUUUUUGUCAACUCUUCUCAGCUUCAAGUUCCGCUGCGGAAUCAUCGCGUCGCCCUCCACGCCAUCGACGCGCCGUCUGCUCGAUAUCGCAUCGAUGGCGUCGAAUCGCUGCGGCUCCGACCGCGUCCCGUGCAGGCUGCGCGUGGAACGCGUCCGCGUCGCUGCUCGCGACGUGCUCGCGGGACAAGAGCGUGUGGCUGUGGGAGUUUGUGGACGACGAGGCCUUCGAAUUGUUGACUGUUUUACACGGGCACGAGGGCGACGUGAAAACCGUGGACUUCGACACGUGUUCCUCUUUGUCCGAAGAUGAUUUACUUGUCUCGUGUUCGUAUGAUGAUACGUUGCGGGUCUGGGGUGAUGAUGGGGACGACUGGAGUUGUAGGAGUACGCUCGAGGGUCAUGCGUCGACCGUGUGGGAUGCUUCGUUCUGUGCCACUUCCAACGGCGCGAGACGGAUCGUGUCCUGCGGCGCGGACCUGAGUGUGCGGGUCUGGGCCGAGGCGGCGCCGGGCGAUGCGUCGAAGUGGGUCCAGCUCUCGGUGUUCGAGAACGCGCAUAAUCGCCCGGUCUACUCGUGCGCCGUCUCUGGAAAUAGGGUCGCGUCCUGCGGCGCCGACGACGCGUUAAUGCUGCUCUCGUUUGAUGUUGAGAGUGGAGCGCUGGCGAAGCUUGGCAGGGUGGACGCCUGUCACGCGGGCGACGCGAACGCGGUGCGCUGGAACCCCGCUUGUGCGGACAUGCUGGCGACGGCCGGGGAUGAUGGGGUGGUGCGGGUGUGGCGGGUCUAGUUUCUAACGUGGU